GUCAAGGAUCAAGCCACAAUUGAGAAUCUACAAAGACCCACAUAACUUAAGCUUACCCUACCAGGUCUAGGCGCUUAAAGAGCGGUUUGAGCCCCACACCGGCCUACUUUAAGCUAUCCACUUAUUACAUAGUACGAAGCUAUUUCAGCCUCGCCCUGGCAAACUUUCCGGAUAAUUGUCAGCCUCGCCUUACCUAGUACCGACCCAAAUCCCACUGACAAUCCCCGUGCUGCGAAUUGCUCGUGCAUCCUGCUUUCUCGACUGCGAAUUGCGCUCGUCGAUCACUCUGCAAAAAACCAUCAAGUCGCCGUUGGCAAAGAAAUCGAAAACACACACAUUCAACCCUUUUUGUCUUCUAGGGAACCGCCGCGCUUUGAAGAAGAAAAAAAACAUUCCACCGAACCGGCCGUCAAUUUCGGGGACCGUCUCGUAUCCCCGUCCAUCUGAGCCACACCUACCCAUCUUCUAAGCUCUGAUCCUCUCAAGAGUGAGGGCAGGUUAUAUACCAUCAAAGGAGGGGGACCCAAAUCCUCCAUCCUUUCCCACCACUAUCCUACCCGACCCUAUCCCACCACAUCGCCAACCGACACAAUGUCGCAAACGCCAGUCAAAGUACCGCCUUCGGCCGCGUCCUACACGCCCGCGACGCAAGACUCAGACCUGCGGUCGCAAAUCAACAUGCUUCUCCUCCGAGAAGGUCACAUCGCCAAAAUUCAAGAACACCUCCUCCACUCCCUAAACGCACACACCUCCAACUGGCCCUCCGCCGUACAAACCCACGCCCUCGCGCUCCUGCGCUCCGGCGACGUAACAACAUUCCCCGCGCUCGUGCAGCGGGUCCUCAAAGACGUGCGCCACGACACCCUCGCCCUAGCCGCGGAGUCUAGCGAAACGAACGGGACCUCGAACGGGAAGGCGGGGGUAAACGGCACUUCCAACAGCAACGGGAACGGUGCUAGCGCAGGUAACGGCGACACCAGUAGUAACAACAACAACCUCGCAGUCCCGCAAGCCGUAGUCGACGCGGUGCUGAAGCUGACGCGGGAAUGUCUGGAGUCCGUGUGCGAAGUCGACGACGGCCCGGCCGGUUAAGAGGCUCGGUCGGGGUCUUCGCCGACGACGAGCGCGUCUGCGUCUCCAUCCCACGAGAACGACGGCGGCCAUGACGACCCCGAUACAGAUACGUCGGUUCGUAGCGACGGGGACGUGGAGACGGAUACUAUACACUGUGCAUUUAGUACGAAGCAGCCAGAAGAAUAGACGAUGGAGAGGCCCAACAUCGACGAUGACGGAGUGGGUUAAGGAUCUGUAUACCUAGGCACAUACACGACGGGUUUAGACAGAGAAGAAUCCAACGAGAAGAGGGGGUAUACGGUGAAAGAGGGGAUUCUUCUAUUCCGUUGCACGAUUACUACGCGUUAUUUUCUCUCUUCUCAGAAUUGGCAUGGGUGGAACGGGGGGAGCAUUGGCGUUAGCAGCCUGGUUUUUUUUUGACUUACGAGGCCCCGGGAAGACAUCUGUGGCAGCGUUUUACUUUGUAUUCUCUGGUCGGCAGCAAUGACAAGCAUCAUUCAAACAUUCUGGAUUACCUAGUACUUGAUUAGAAAUGAUAUGCCUCGCUCU